CCUGGUUCUAGUUUUCUCUAUAAUCAAAUAUAGUGCGUGUUUUUGACAGCUUAGGUGCGGUACAGAGCACCGGCAUCGCAACGAUGAAGUAGGACGGGGCGGGGAAUAUAGAGGCGAGCUUGUCAGCUGAGACAAAGAAAAGCGUUGUGAGAAGCAAAGCAAGGAAAAGCAAGCAUGAUUUCACCUCCAUAUCAGUGAUUUUACUUAGGUUAUUAAUGUUUUCAUUGUCGAUGCUUUCAUCCACCACACGACGGAUAAUGUGUGCAAGGCGCUUCUAUUGUGUUUUUGAUGGGUCGUGGGACAUACAAUGCGAUUCUAGGUGAAAAAACCUUUUUAUUGAAACAAUUUGUUGCAUUAGAUUUCCCUAAAUCCUACAUCCUGCGUGCUGCUCUGUUCUACUAAUUUAACGCUAAUUGUUGGUAGAAGUAUAUGCCUUAUCUUGGGCCAUCUAUAAAGACUACAAUUUAGAAUACGUGGAAGCUUGCUUCUAUUACGCUCGAUAUGCAUUUCAUUUAGUAGCCUAUUCAUGUCGUUUACAUAUGUUUAGCUAGUAUAUAUUGCAUAUCAUUUACGUAGCCUAAAGGUUUUUUCCGAAGAGGCUUUUAUAAAGAUUUUGAAAAUGAACGGAUUUCAGUCAACCCCUCAAGAAUGUCUAGGGAGCGUCUGUUCAGUCGAAGGACUACCCCCUUUGCCAAAAGGCCUCAGCGGGAUCCUUAACUCCAGUGGCGGCUCAUGGAGGGACAUCGAAAAAGUAUAUCGUAAACUGACCCGCAUUCAGGCGGACAUCAGCAAGUCUAGAGUGAGCGACUCUCUCAGCCGGUGCAAGCCCUCAAGUCUGGACGCCGCGCUCGCUUUGCUGCGAAAAGAAAUGGUGGGCUUGAGACAGUUGGACAUGUCUCUGCUCUGUCAGCUUUGGUCUCUGUAUGAGUCCACCCAGGAGUACAAAGGAGCCUAUCAGGAUAUCUCGUCCUCUCUGAUGUCUGAGAACACAUUUACAACUGAAAAUUGUUACUCUGAGGAAGAGGAUGAUGAAGAAGACAGCGAUGGUGAGAAUGUCCCUCGAGAUCCACCUGGCACUGCACUGACUCUCCAGCCCACUGAAAACUCUCGGGAUCAGUGGAUCAAAGAGUCUUUCCAUAUUCCCUUAUAAAUCGACAAAUGUUUUUCUCAGAACGCUGUUAAAUGUUCACAUCUAGGUUAUUGGCUGCAAAGCAUAUUCAUAUCGCAUUAUUCAUAUGCAAAGAACAUAUUUCAUCACAAAAGUGGCUGACAUUUUAUAUUGCAAACUUUCUUUUUUAAUAUACAAUCUUUAAAAUACCUUGCUAAUAGUUAUUGGCUGAUUGUAAACUUGAAAUGAAAGUUAAUAUUUCUAAUACUGGAUACAUUUGAGGUGUUUGAAUUUGGUGCCCUUUGUCGCCAACAUCUGGAUGCUAGUCGGUUACACAAUGCCUGAAAUUAAUUGGUCUCCAAUCAAACGUAAGAUUGUAUAGGUCUUUGUCUUGUAACUGUCUUGUAAAUUGCAUGUAGAAUUUCAGGAUUGAAUGUAGACAGCCACAUAUAGUCAAGCAUAUAAAACAGUUUUGUUUGUUCUUGGUGCAAUUUAAUCUUUCUACUUUCGUAAAAUAAAGAUGCAAUGGAUAUUGUCUAAUAAGGAGUACCUCGCCUAAUAACGCUACUUCAUUUGUCUGGUAAUGGACAAGCCUGAGUGGUUUGGUUGAAGUGGACAGAGUUUACCCAUCCAUUCUCUUACCUUUACUGCGCUGAUGGUUCGCCUGUAGCCUAAUGAUCUGAUUUGGCUGGGAAGGGUUUACUGGCUAGCUCCUUACCACUAGAUGGCAACAUUUCUUGUGACAUUUGUAAUACCUGAACGCUCGUCAAUGUUAUGCAGAAAAUGUACCGUUUUUAUUUUUAAAGAUCUGAACGUCUACUACUAUGAAAUCAGAGACUUUCAGCUCAAUUACUUAUAUAAUGUUGCUAAUUUAUAAAUAUUUUGGUAAUGACAAACAGGCAAAAUAAGUUCUGUAUGAGUGCUUCUAAGAGUUUUGAUUCAGUACAUCAUCACGCUCCAACUGUUUUUCCAGUAUAAACAAACCAUUCUAUCCACCCAUGGGCUUAUUAGGCAAUGAUUCCGUUAUCUUCCUGGGAGGAGUCACUGCAUAGAGAUGGUUAGAGGUCUUAGACAAUAGGAAACAUGUUCUCGCUUGGACAUCGUCAUUGAAAACAGCCACCAUUUUAAUGUAGUCAACUGGGUGGGACUUGCAAAUUCAUUUACUCAUCCCUCCUGAUGACCUGGCUAGUACAGUACCAAUUAAAUUUUGGAUCCAUCUCCUCAUUCCCUUGAAUCUGUGCAUCCAAACUUUUGAUGUACUGUACAUUACACAAACAUUAUCCCAGCAUAACCAUAAUAACAUGUGUAAUCCCAGUGUAAUGUGAGUACUAGGACAGUCUUUGCUACUAUUCAUUUUAUGUCUUCAAAGACAUCUAAAAGCUAGUCUACAGAUCUACUAAGCACCAGGAAAUGACUAGUUAAAAACAGGAAGCCCCCUACAUCCCUUAGACAUCCAUGUUUUUUUUCCUAAUAGCCACAGUGCAAGGCCAUCUCUCAGUACCCUUUGUUAAUAUUUAAAAAAUGUCAGUCUUUCAUAUUUAGUUCCUGUUUUUAUUUUACAGUCUUUUACUUUCCUUUUAGAAAGUCCCAUGUAUUUUUCUUUUUUAGACCCCCAGAUGCUAUGAAUAGUGUUAAAUAUACUUUAUAGACUGUUUGGAC